GCUUUUCUCCUUAAGUCAAAAACUCAAAAGCAUACAGAGAGGAUGACUUCUUCUAUGGCCUUCCAAGGAGCGUCUUCCUCUUUUUCAUCCACCGGUCGAUGGAAGUACGAAGUGUUCUUAAGUUUUAGAGGCGAUGAUACUCGAGACAAUUUUAUUGCCCAUUUAUACCGGGCUUUGCUUCGAAACGGAAUCAGCACCUUCAAAGAUGAUGGUGAGCUGAAAAGGGGAGAGGAAAUUUCUCCAGCACUUCACCAAGCCAUUGAACAGUCGAGGAUUUCAAUAGUUGUAUUCUCUCAAAACUAUGCUUCAUCCGGAUGGUGCUUGAACGAGCUACUGAAGAUCUGCGAUUGUAAAGAAACAGGUGGACAAAUGGUUCUCCCAGUGUUUUACAAGGUGGACCCAUCCGAUGUACGGCAUCAAAAGAACAGUUUUGAAGGAGCAUUUUCUAGACAUGAAGAAAGGUUCAAAGAUGACAUCAAAGUGCAGAAUUGGAAGGCAGCCCUAACACACGUGGCCAAUUUGUCGGGGUUGGAUUUAGAGCACUACAGGGAUGAAGCUCAAUUUAUUGACCAAAUCGUUCAAGAUGUCUCAAAAAUCGUGAAUCCCACAUAUUUCCAAGUUGCCAAGUAUACGGUUGGAAUAGAUUCUUGUGUACGGGCGAUCAAGUUACUUUUAAGUAGUGAUCAGAUGAACGAUAUACGCAUGGUGGGGAUCUUAGGAGCCGGUGGAAUUGGUAAGACAACUAUUGCCAAAGCUAUCUACAACUCGAUGGCUUCUCAGUUUGAUGGUAGUUGUUUUCUUGAAGACGUUAGAGAAAAUUCUAAGCAAAAAUCCGAUCUGGUCAAACUACAAAAUACACUUCUUUCAAAAAUCCUAGGAGAUACUGUGAAGGUUGAUAGUGUUGGUGAAGGAAUUACUGUGAUAAAGAGAAGGCUUUGCUCUAAAAAGGUACUCCUUAUUCUUGAUGAUGUUGAUAAAGAGGAUCAAUUAGAUUGGUUGGCUGGAAAGGUUGAUUGGUUUGGUCUAGGAAGUAGGAUCAUCAUAACCACAAGAGAUAGGAAAGUAUUGACUAAUCAUGAAAGAGUAGUUGAUGAUCUAAUAUAUGAGGUAGAGGAGUUGGACCGGGACAAAGCUAGUGAGCUCUUUUGUUGGAAUGCUUUCCAAAGGGCACAACCUACUGAUGAUUUUCUAGAAGUAACGAAAGAUGCAAUACAUUAUGCUGGGGGUCUUCCACUAGCUUUAGAAGUGCUAGGUUCACAUCUGUAUGGUGAAGAUAUCCAUAAAUGGAGAAGUGUAUUGGAAAAGUACAAAAGAAUUCCUCACGAAAAGAUUCAGGAAAGACUUAGAAUAAGCUAUGAUGGAUUGCAUGAAGAUGAGCAGAAUAUUUUUCUUGAUAUUGCAUGUUUUUUCAGAGGAAAGUCGAAAGUUUAUGUUAAAACAAUAUUGGCUGGUUCUGAUUUCUUCCCAGAUGCUAGUAUCCCGGUGCUUAUACAGAAGUCUCUCUUAACCAUUAAUGUGUCUGGCUGUUUGGCAAUGCACGACUUAUUGCAGGACAUGGGUAGAGAAGUUGUUCGAAAAGAAUCACCUAUCCCUGGUGAACGAAGUAGGUUGUGGUUUCAUAAAGAUGUUCGUCAUGUCCUUGAAAAUGAUACGGUAAGAAGUUACAUCAACAGAGGAACAAACAAAAUUCAAGGCAUAUUGGUAGAUUUGCCUGAAGGAGAAGACAUGGUGCAAUUGAGUUCCAAGGCCUUCGAGAAUAUGACAAACUUAAGAUUGCUUAUGAUUACUCGUAAUGCACGCUUUUCUACGGGGCCAAAUUUUCUUCCUAAUUCGUUAAGAGUGCUUGAGUGGCCUAAUUGUCCUUUAGAAUCUUUGCCAUCUAAUUUUCGUGGAAGGAGCCUCAUUGUUUUAAGAAUGAAAAUGAGCCUCCUCAAGGAUUUGAAGGAAAUCAAGAAUUUUCAAAGCAUGAUAAUUAUGGAUUUCUCUAAUUGUGAAUUCCUGGAAAUAUUCCCUGAUGUUUCAAGCAAUCAAAAUUUAGAGUUUUUGGUGCUUGAUGGUUGUAUAAAUUUAGCUGAGGUUCAUGAUUCUGUUGGAUUGCUUGAGAAGCUAGUUUUUUUGAGUCUUGACAAAUGCUGUAAGCUCAGCCAUUUUCCGAGAAUGCUCAACUUGAAAUCUCUAAAAUGUCUUUCUGCUAAAGAUUGCUCAAGGCUUGAAUACUUUCCUGAUGUUUCAAAUUGUCUAAAUUUAGAGCAAUUGGUGCUUGAUGGUUGUGUAAAUUUAGCUGAGGUUCAUGAUUCUGUUGGAUUGCUUGAGAAGCUAGUUUUCUUGAGUCUUGACCAAUGCUGUAAGCUCAGCCAUUUUCCGAGAAUGCUCAACUUAAAAUCUCUAGAACGUCUUUCUGCUAUAGAUUGCUCAAGGCUUGAAUACUUUCCUGAUGUUUCAAAUUGGCUAAAUUUAGAGUGUUUGGUGCUUGAUGGUUGUGUAAAUUUAGCUGAGGUUCAUGAUUCUGUUGGAUUGCUUGAGAAGCUAGUUUUUUUGAGUCUUGACCAAUGCUGUAAGCUCAGCCAUUUUCCGAGAAUGCUCAACUUAAAAUCUCUAGAACAUCUUUCUGCUAAAGCUUGCUCAAGGCUUGAAUACUUUCCUGAUGUUUCAAAUUGUCUAAAUUUAGAGGAAUUGGUGCUUGAUGGUUGUGUAAAUUUAGCUGAGGUUCAUGAUUCUGUUGGAUUGCUUGAGAAGCUAGUUUCUUUGAGUCUUGAGCUAUGCUAUAACCUCAGCCGUUUUCCGAGAAGGCUCAAGUCGAAAUCUCUAAAAUGUCUUUAUGUUCAAGGUUGCUCAAGGCUAGAAUACUUUCCUGAAAUUGAGUGUCAGAUGGAGUGUUUAGAAACCAUAACCUUUGAAGACACCGGUAUAAAAGAAUUGCCUUCAUCUAUUGCGUAUCUCAUUGGGCUUAAAGUGUUAGACAUAACCGGUAGCAAAAACCUUAUGCAUCUUCCAAGCAGCAUUUAUCAGUUGCAAUGUAUAGAGGGGAUUUUUGUCAAUGGUAGUUCAAAUCUUGUUACGAUUUCAGAUAAGAUGAAGGAUAUUGGACAAUACAUGCCCUCGAAUGAAUCAAAAAUUACAUUAGAUCCAGACGACUUACUCCCAUUGCUACCUCCCACGAAUUCAAGUGUUUCUAAUGAUGAUUGUUCAUCGCCCUCAAAUGAAUCAGAAAUUUCAUUAGAUCCAGACGACUUAAUCCCAUUGCUACCUCCCACGAAUUCAAGUGUUUCUAAUGAUGAUUGUUCAUCGAUAGUAUUUCCCAAAAAAGUGUUUCCACAAAUAUUUGAGUUGCGUCUACAAAAUUGUGACCUAUCAGGAUCAAGUUUCUUUACGAUAUUUAAUUGCUCCUCCACAUUGCGAUUCUUAUAUAUAUCGGGGAGUGCUAUUGAUACUAUUCCUCCAUGCAUUGAAAGAUUUGUUUCCUUGUCGAUGCUUCAUUUGGAUAAUUGCAAGCAACUUCAAAAAAUUCCAAGACUUCCACAAAAGAUAAAAGCGGUGUCUGCAGAGGGGUGCAAGUCAUUGGAAACAUUUUUGGAAGAACCACAAACAUGUCAAUUAUUUAGUACGUGGUUGUAUCCAGAGGUUGUAAGGUAUGAAACAACAUGUUCGGCACGAGGACCUUUGGGCAGUGGUGCUCCUUCUGCAACCUAUCAGAAUGUGCAAACUGUGGCAAUAGCUCAGCCAUUGAAGGGAUGUUGUGAAGCUCGUUACUUUGACUGUGUAGUUUCGGGAAAUAAGAUUCCAGAUUGGUUCAAUUAUCAUAAAAAGGUUUCAAAUAGUAAUUCAUGUGAAAUAGAUAUUGAUGAGCAUGCAGAUAUGUUUGGGGAGUUCACAAUAAUUGCUUUCUCUGCUGUUGCUGAAACUGUUGUUGGAAUAGAGCAUGUAGGAGGAGAAUAUGUUGAACAUGAAAUUACGGCUUACGUCAUCACUCGUGGUGUAGAAAUCUGUUGUGUCCAAUCAAUUGUUUAUAAACGGCCCUCAGAUUUUGUAUGGAUGCAGUUCCAUGUUCCACACCAUUCUUUUAAGCUUGGAAAUGUUGAUCAUGUGCGAGUUAAAUUUGAAGGUAUAAAGAAUGUGCGCUUGAAAAGUUGCGGAUUCCAUUUGGUACGUCUGUGUAAUGAGAAGGCGAUUGAUUUAAUAGAUGGAAUUCAACUUAAAAAAAGACCCCGUGAUGAUGGACCUGAUGGUGAUGGAAUCUGUAAAAAGCCGCAUUCUACAGUCUGGUCAAUCGUAAGUACAUCAAAAGACCCCUUCGUUUUCUCCAUCGCUAUUUUCUCUGUUUUCCUCUGCUUCGCUUUCUCCAAUUGUGCUCUAGCAUUUGCUUGUUGA